AUGCAACCCUAUUCACUUGAUCCAAUAAAGAAAAUUGAUGUGGAUCGAUAUGGAGUUCCUCGGCAUACACUUUUUUAUACUCUAAAACCUCGUUUCUUUGCUAUACUUUCGGACAUAAAUCGGCGAACACUUCGUUUAGUUCGUGAAUAUGACAAGAAACAAUUGGCGUUGCAAAAGGGAGAAAUUUGUGAAUCUGAAGCAAAAGAAGGAACUUCUUUGCCCAUGAAUCGACAUUUUUGGAUUACAAAAGAGGUUUUGCAACUCAAAACUAAUGGAGAAAGGAUUACUGAUGAAAUGUUUGCUGGAUUCAUUAUGGCAUUGGAAUAUAUGUCUCAACUACCAAAUGCUAGUCUAGAAAAAGAAUUUAUUAAUGAUUAUCGAACUUUGCGUUCUGGAGAUGUUGGACAUGAAACUUUACGUCUUUAUAUUUCUGAAUUGCCAAUAGCUCAUGUCCACCCAGAAACUGGCUUUUUAGAAGCUCAUGGACAUUCUCAUGUUAAAGCAACAAUUGCUACAGCUUUAGUAAGUACUGGUGGAACAGGAAAAAUUACAAUUGAUGGACAUCAUUAUGAUAUUUUGAGGGAUAUACAAGCGAGAGAAAUCCUUUUAUCUCCAUUAAUUGUUACUGGUCUUCUCGGAAAAGUUGAUAUUGAAGCAAAAGUAAUUAAUGGAACUGGUGGGAAAUCUACAACUCCUAGAGCCAUUAGAACAGCAACAGCUUUAGCAUUGGCCGCCUUAUAUCCGGAUUUGGCUGAAAGAUUGAGAUUGGCUGGAAUGUUGAAUUAUGAUAAACGAAGAAGAGAGAGGAAUAAGGUUUUUUUAUUUUUUUUAAAUUGA